AGGGGGUCUGCCUGUGUUUCGACGAAUCGAGUGGGUGCAGGCAACUACCAGUUACUUGAGUCACGGGACGCAAGGCCAUUUUGUCCCUUCUCUGAUUCUGUACGUCAUUCUUAUUCACGAUUAACCGGCUAGCCGUCUCUAACCGUCUGGACCGACGAUCAUGCCCGUCUCCGACUCUGAAUCCGGCCCUCUGCAGAGUGCCCACGUAAAAACCCUUUCUCCUACCCCUGUAGAAAAGGCUGCACGCGCGCGUGAUUGAUCACUAAGUAACCGGCUUUUGAUGCCGGUACCGAGUGCUCCCCCAAAACAGUGCCGCCGCCCCACAGGAUAAAAUGACCGCGCCGACCGCAGUCCGACCCCGAGCGCAAGCGCAUUCUCUCCUCGCCUCCCUGCCGCUCUCGUCUCCCGUUUUUGCGCCGCUGGUGCGCAAGAUGAGCGCGAAGAUUCUGGAUUUGCUGGCGGGCGUCGUGGGGGCGACGCCGCGGGUCGCGAAGUGGCUGGGCAUCGCGCUGUUAGUGGUCAAUGCGGGUGGCCUGCCGCUUAUCUGGCACUUCCGCGUAUUCAGCGCCCUCUUCGAACUGCGCCUGGCCCAGCUCUGGCACAACAUCCGACACAUCCACCUGCCGCGCAAACGCAAGACCGCCGCGCUAGAAAAGUUCUUCGAGGACCGGCAGCCCGUGGGGCUGCACCCCUUCCGCGCCAAGUGGGCGGUGCGCGGGUUCGUCUGGCCCUACGCGUCGGACUUCAAUCUGCACAUGAGCAACUCGUCGUACGCCGCGGCGCUCGACUCGGCGCGCUUCCGCUUCGCGCUGGCGAUGUUCCCACUGGUGUUCAAGACCGGCGGGUGGGCUGCGCUGGCGGGGACCCAUUUCAGCUAUAUCAGGGAGAUACCGAUGUUGAGCACGUAUGAGGUGCGGGCGGAGGUCGGUGCAUGGGAUGAGAAAUGGAUCUGGAUCGUCGCCCGCUUCGUCAAACCUGUUUUCAAAUCCAAAAGACGAGGCAAGGCGGGGGAGAAAGCACCUAUCACUGGGCAUGUCGUCAGUGCCAACGGAAACGCCGAUGCGGUCGGCCAAGAGCUUCUCAAGAAGGCGAUCCGUCUGCAAGAGGAAGACGGGGCCGACGUCUACACGAUCACCGUCUCGCAGCUGGUGUACAAGCAGGGCCGGAUCACGAUCCCGCCCGCCAUCGUGCUCGCGACAAGCGGAUUCUUUGCGUCUGCGGAACACCCCGCGCGCGGCACGCCAGGCCUCGGCGUCCCGACCAACGGCAUCGCAAUGACGCGCGUCCCGCCCCCUUACUGGGCCCAAGUGCAGGAUCUGGCGAGGGACGUGAAGAAGCUGAAAGCCUUCUACCAGGGCGGCUGGCGCGAUUAUCCGUCCGAGCAGCGUUUCUGGGAGCACGCAUUCGACGCGUGUGAGGCUGAGCGCCAGCAGCGGCUUGUCUCAUUUGCUGGGCAGGCGCCUGCUGAGGGAGACUACGGCAGCGCAGGCAAGCUCGUCGUCAAGGGCGGCUUGCUUGGUGGCAUGGACGGUCUCAAAGCGUACAUAUAAAGUACUCCACCGGAGUGUGAUUCUGGUUAGAUUUAGAAGUUCCUUAUAGACAUCUAAUGUAGACUACUCCUUAUUCAUGAUCAGUCACUUGGGCUCCGCUCGCUCUCCACUACCGACAAGGCGCGACGCUCGCAUCACGCAACUCUCUGUGUUCGGUGAGAUCAUACCCCCGGACGCAAUGUGUCAUGACUGGACAUUACGAGGCAGAAGAAGGCUGAUGACUGGCAUCUCCCAGCUGGUCAGAUACGCAUCGCAAUACAGGGUCUCUUAUGCAGUUGCCGUCGUCCUUGAGUGCCAGAUGGGAGUCAAAAUGAAGUCAUUCACCCACUGUGAUAUACCCGAUCUUAUGGAAUGUGGCUCAGGCUGA